UGCAUGUGUGAAAGUGUGCAGGUGUCUGUAUUUUGUUGUAUACCUAAAUUUUAGGCUCCAAACCCGCCACAGAAUAUUCUUCUUCCGCUGUGUUGCUGCUAGUCUUGUUAUUUAAGGUCGCGUUUGGUUAUCACAUUCCUUCUCCAUGCGCAUCUCCUUCGUUUGACAUUCAAGUAUUCACCCUCCAUUCUCCUGCUUUCCUCCUUGAGUUGAAAAUUCAAACAAGCAUGGCGACCCCCGAUGUAUUGCUGAGAGAAGAUCCCAUCUUGUCGCCCCUUCUUGACAACCCGAAAGGAGAAAAUGUGAAGUCCCGAGGGAUUGCUAUCGAGAAGAAGAUUGAGUUACUUGAAAACUUGGCUGGAAAAGUCAGCAACAGAAGAUCUCGCCGAUGGUUGAAUGACCGUCUACUGAUGGAACUUGUUCCUCGCUUGAAUGUGGAAGAAAUUAGAGGGUUAUUUGCUCCACCACCUUUUGGUGAUGAUUUGCCACCCUCUCCAUUUUGCAUGACAUAUCAUAAAGAGUGGGAUAACUUCAGGAACAUUGACAUGGACAAAGAGGCUACCAUGAUGGAGGCCCAUGAAAUUUCUGUGCCAAAGCAUAAGCAUGGCGCUAACAAUGAUAAGGUUGCAGUAUUAACUGCAUGGCAUAGAGUGGAUUGUCGAACAAGAGAGGCGCUUCGCCGUAGCUUUCUUCCGGAGCUCAUUAAUAGCUACGAGGAAUGCAUUCGAAUAUUUAUCAAAGAGAGUGGUGAUGAAGAUGUGCUAGAACUGUCUGUUCAAGACCCUUUUCAUCGCUUGGUAUUGCAUGGUGUUUGUGAGUUCUACAGCUUGGUGUCAGUAACUGCUGUGACAGAAUCAUCAAAGGGAAACAAGACUGUAAAGACAACAAAGAUAAAGAAGGGGAGUUGUAUCCAACUGCCAAACAUUACCCUCUGCAACUUUCUGAAAAUGUCAAAGGCAGGCAUUUGGUGAUUCCAUUCCCACUGUGGAUGAUCCCUGUCUUGUACGGUUGUACGACCACCGCCGCAUUACUUGGAUUAAUUGUGGGCAUUAUGUUUAUUCUUUAUUUAGAGACGCAUGUGUUAGUAGUCUUAUGUUAGCUGCCGCAGCCAGUGUAAUUAUAAUCCAUUAUCUUUAAAAUUGUUGGUGUCUAUUCUUGGAAAUGUCUGGUUUUCCAUACGGAACAAUGAGGGGUUGUCAGGGAUGGCAGUAAUGGGACCUGUAAUAUAUUGGUACUAAAUAAAUGAUGAUCUUAGUUAGAGUUUCAUGUUUUUCAAUUUCUUCAAGACUUCAUGUUAAGCUACAUAGCUGCUAUUGCUUGGUGGUGCGGCUGGUGCCCUUUUUGGGUAACUUGAUGUUUAUGCAUGGGCCGUUUUUAAGAAGACAGUAAUAUAGUACGUAGUAGUAAGAAAAGUCUCACAUGCUUGGCUGUAGCACCAUUAUAGCAAACGAGUAAUCAUUAUCAUAGAUUUCC